AUAUACAUUUUUAAAACACAACAUUCGGUUUCUUAAAAUGUACAAAAACACAUUAACAGCAAAGCAAUUACAAGAGAAUUGUGUUUUGUUUGUGUUUAACAAGUGCUUUUCUGCAAUAUAGUGACCCUGUUGUAAUGAAGCAUGUUGCUAUGAAACUGACGUCAGAUUUCCCAUCAGCCCCUGCUGUCUGUUUGAGAAGCCCCCCCAUUAACACACAAAUACACAACACUAAUAAAUGAUGUUUUUUGUGUAAACACACAUCCAUAUGUGCAGAUUGAACUCUAAAUGAGUGUUUAUGUAGAAGCUGCAGUGUGUGUGUGUGUGCAUGCGCGUGUGUGUGUGACGCAUGCUCCGCUGAGCUCCCCUCCCCCUCCUUUCAUCUGCACCGCAGCAGCGUCGAAACACAGACAAACACACGGCCAGACACGAGAAAGAAAAGAGCUCCAGACGAGACAAAGAUGAGACGAACGGGAGGCCAGACGCCACUGUAAAGCAUGACAGAUUGAUCAGAGAGACAGACAGACAGCUAGAGGGAUGUGGCGCUCGCACACGUCUCUGCAGUGAGACAGCUCAGCCUGCGCUGAAGAUCAUGCUGGACAAGAGUGAAGUGUCCACACUGGGUCUGCCGCCCUCUGUGAGCCACGGAGGUUCAGAUGGGAACAUCAGCGUGGAGGUGGGGCCAGACGGGGUGGCCGGCGAGGUCCAUAGGACACGAGCGGCGCUGGAACACCUGCAGCAGAAGAUCCUAAAGAUCACCGAGCAGAUCCGUGUGGAACAGGAGGCGAGGGAUGAUAAUGUGGCCGAGUAUCUCAAACUGGCCAACAACGCCGACAAACAGCAGGCGUCGCGCAUCAAACAAGUGUUCGAGAAGAAGAACCAGAAAUCUGCGCAGACCAUCGCACACCUGCACAAGAAACUUGAGCACUACCACAAGAAACUCAAAGAAAUCGAGCAGAACGGCCCAGCGCGACAGCCCAAAGACGUGUUGCGGGACAUGCAGCAGGGACUGAAGGAUGUUGGCGCUAACGUGCGAGCGGGAAUCAGCGGUUUCGGAGGGGGCGUGGUGGAGGGUGUAAAGGGCGGAGUGUCCGCGCUCACUCACACCGCCGUUGUCUCGAAACCGCGAGAAUUCAUCCGCAACAAGUUCGGCAGUGCCGACAACAUUGCCCACAUGAAGGACACUCUGGAGGACGUCCACACGGAGGAGACCCCCAGAGCUCUGAGCGGCAGCGCCACGCUCGUCUCCAGCCCCAAAUAUGGCAGCGAUGACGAAUGCUCCAGCGCCACCUCUGGCUCAGCGGGCGGCAGCAAUUCAGGCGGAGUGGGCGGGGCCAUGUCAGGGAUGGGAGCGACCAUGGGCAGUCCGCGACUGGACGGACAUCACCACCACCAUCAUCACCACCACUCGUCGUCUUCCUCCUGGGAUGCUCUCCUGGAAGGCCUGCAGGAGAUCAAAGCCGGUCAGGUUCACAUGGAGGACGCCAUCGAUGACAUGAAGGCGCAGCUGCAGAACGACUACACCUACAUGACCCAGUGCUUACAGGAGGAGAGAUACAGGUACGAGCGUCUGGAGGAGCAACUGAACGAUCUGACGGAACUUCAUCAAAACGAAAUGAGCAACCUGAAGCAGGAACUAGCCAGCAUGGAGGAGAAGGUUGCGUACCAGUCGUACGAGAGAGCACGGGACAUACAGGAGGCAGUAGAGUCCUGUCUCACCCGCAUUACCAAACUGGAGUUACAGCAGCAGCAGCAGCAGGUGGUUCAGUUGGAGGGUGUGGAGAACGCCAACGCUCGAGCUCUACUGGGGAAACUCAUCAACGUCAUUCUGGCCCUGAUGGCCGUGCUCCUGGUGUUCGUCUCCACCAUGGCCAACUUCAUCACACCACUCAUGAAGACCCGCACCCGCGUGGGCGCCACCCUCGCCCUGGCACUCUUCCUGAUCACGCUGUGGAAACACUGGGAUUGGAUGGAGGUUCUUCUGCUCCCCAGCUGAGAGAACCAAUCAAAACAUUUGCAUAGAACUCUAGACGCUGAUUGACGCAUCCCUGCUGUUUUAAUGGAAGCGAGAGAUUGAAUGGGGGGAAAGAAAACAGACGCAAACAUCCAUUGAUUCAUUUCUUCUGACCGAAGACCUCUUUCCUUUUUUUUACUUUGAGCUCAUUUGUUGCUUAAACUAAUGAAUGUUAAAGUGGUUCCUGGAGGAGAAAGCAGACAUGAAAUGAGAGAAAGAAAGAAGAUGCAUGACAGUCCCAUCUCAGAUCCAAAAACGUCAAGCGUCUCAGAAGGCUCUGUGGAACUUAAUGUCUGUUAUAUUUGAUCUUUUGUGAGGUUUCAUUUCACAGGACGAAUCAUUUCUUUUUGUGUGUUGUCUUCGGUUGAGGUGUCAUGUAGGAAGCAUAUUGAUUUUAGGAAUUGAUUUUGUCUGUAGGGACCAAAAAAGAAAGUCGUUUCAUAGGUGAAGUUAAUAUAUUCUGCUGAAAGAUUCCAAAGACAACAUUGUUUUUCUUUGGAAUACCGCUGAAUCGUGCACAAUAAGACCAGGAAUGUGUAGAAAACAAGUGAACAUAGGGUCAGCUUUCAUUCCGUGUAGACUUUCAAUGAUAUUUUACAAAGUGUGUAGUCAAUGACAUCUGUCAUCGGAACAUUUUUGUAAACGUAGUUUAAAGUUUCUCACGUUCAAUAACUAACAGCAUGAUCAGAUUUCUCAUGUUUCUACCCGUUUACUUAAAGAAAUCACAACACUACUGUAUUCUUAUUAAACACAUUUGCAAAUA